AUGGGUCCUGGUCCAGUUCGAAGAGAAGCUUACAACUCCAAGGGGCGCCAAUCAACAGCUGGCUCAAGAAAGAAAGGGAAAGCCAGGAAGAAAGAUAAAUCAGACCUGCCCCCGGAGGAGCCUCAGCAUGAUGCAAAUGCCGCCAUUUUGACGCCCAAAACACCGGAAGAGAAGGAGGCGGAACGAAAGGAAAAGUUACUUCAGGAACUUGCUGCUCAAUCCGAAUCCAAGUGGACAAGCAAGAAGAAGAAAAGAUUGGAGAAAUACAUUGAUAAAAAACUCAAGAAAGAGGAACGAGUGUUACUCUUUGAAAAACUUUCUAAGUCACAGGCAGCACUUUCAUCAACAGCACUUCAGUCCUCUGCGACUUUGGGGACGGGAAAGGUUGUUACCCACCAUGAACAGCAAGCAAAGGCAGAGAAUGUUCUCGUUAAGAAGGCUUUGCUUGGGAAAACUGGAAAACGUAAACGACAUCAAGAUAUAUAUGCCGUUUACGAUUACGAUUCAGGAGAGGAUGAAGACGAAGAGCACGACCAGCCAUGUGUAGGAGAGGACGGAGAGCCAGUGGCGAAGCGAAGACGGGCGGCCUCUCCUCGGCCCCAGCCUUCGAACGAAGUAGAUGUGAUCGACAGCUCUGCAAAUGAUCCAUCGCCGAUUUCAGUAAAAAGCUUACCCGUUGUGGGUAGUGCGUUGCAGCGGAAUCCUGAUGGAAGCGUUAUUGCACCAAAAAUUCGAGUGAGAUCUAAAACCAAGCAAUCAAUAAAAAGAGGCUGGGGUCGUAUGAAGGCUGUUGAGGUGCAGCCUGAAUCCGAUACUUCAUUUGACAGUUCCGAUUCUGAAAACGACGAAUCAGUACCAAUGAACGACAAUGAAAUAGAGUCCCAUUCAAGGGACAGUCAUGACUCCUCUGAACUGGAAGACGGGCAUGAGGAUACCGGUGGUGAAGGGGAAGACUCAGAACUGGAACCAGAGCCAGUAACAUCGAAGAAGUCCCUUGGGUUCAAAGAAUGGGCCAUGAAACAGCUUGGAGCUGCGAAAGGAUUUGAACCAACACGAGAAGUAUCCUCCGAGCCUAUCUACCCUCCACCUUCAUCCCAGCGUAUUGAAAAGAAAAGAAGACUUGAAGGAAAUAACGAACAUCCUGAAUUCCGAGGUCCUCUAGGCGAAGAACUACACCUUCCUUCUACGUCCUUUGCUAAAGAACUUCUGAGCUCUGGUCCAUCACUCAAAUCAAGUUCUUACGUGAAGGUUGUUGACGUUAAAAGGCCUUUGGAAGUAGAAGAGGCUCGAGUUUUGCUUCCUAUCGUCACAGAGGAACAGCCUAUCAUGGAAGCUAUCCUCCUGAAUCCUGUUGUGGUCAUUUGCGGUGAGACUGGCAGUGGAAAAACUACACAAGUUCCUCAGUUCCUCUAUGAGGCCGGCUUUGGAACCCCUGGUAGCGAUAAUCCUGGAAUGAUUGGCAUCACACAACCUCGCCGUGUAGCAGCAAUGUCUAUGGCUGCUCGUGUUGGGCACGAAUUGUCUCUGACUUCUUCCCGAGUAUCCUACCAAAUCCGUUACGAUGCAACUGUUUCUCCAUCUACUUCCAUCAAGUUUAUGACGGACGGCGUCUUGCUGAGGGAGUUGGCUACAGACUUUUUGUUGACUAAAUAUUCUGUCAUUAUAGUGGACGAAGCCCACGAGCGCAGUAUCAAUACUGAUAUCUUGAUUGGUGUCCUAAGUCGCGUCGUUCGACUUCGUGAAGACAUGUGGAAAGGAGGAAAAGAUGGCAUCAAGCCUUUGCGUCUGAUAAUCAUGUCUGCCACUUUACGUGUUGCCGAUUUUGCUGACAAUAAAGCACUCUUCUCUGCACCUCCCCCGGUCAUCAAUGUUGCUGCUCGUCAACAUCCGGUUACUAUUCACUUCAGUCGCCGAACAUAUCCAGACUAUGUUACACAAGCCAUCAAAAAAACAGCUAAGAUUCACACACGUUUACCUCCAGGAGGUAUACUUAUUUUCCUCACUGGGCAAUCAGAGAUUGCCGGAGUCUGUCGUAAAUUGGAAGCCAAGUUUGGGAAGCAGGCUCUUGAUGCGAGGAAACAAAGAGGACUUCAGUCCCAGCUUGCUUUUAUGGACAGGCCAGAAACCGCCCAAUUAAAGGUCGUAAACCCAGCGCAAGCUGAUGUUGAGGUUGAAGACAUGGACCUCGGUAGUUCUGUGAAUGAGGCCCUUGCUUUUGACGUGGAUGAACACUUGGGAGACGCAAUCGACGAUGAAGCUUUGGAAAGCGACGAUGAAGAUCGGCUUAAUGAAGAGGUUGGGCUUGAUGUGGACGUUGACGUGCCUAUGCAUGUUGUGCCUUUGUAUUCAUUACUUCCCAGUGACAAACAAAUGCUUGUCUUCAAACCCCCGCCUCCAGGUCAUCGUCUCGUUGUGGUGUCCACCAACAUUGCAGAAACGUCUCUUACAAUCCCAGGAAUUCGUUAUGUCGUAGACUGUGGUAGGGCAAAAGAACGACAUUAUGAUAUCUCCAGCGGUAUACAAUCUUUCCAAGUGCAGUGGAUCUCGAAGGCUUCCGCUUCUCAACGCGCUGGACGAGCAGGACGCACUGGCCCUGGUCAUUGUUACCGACUUUAUUCUUCUGCUCUUUUCGAGCAUCAUUUUGAAAGGUUUGCCACCCCUGAGAUACGGCGUAUGCCUAUCGAGGGCGUCGUAUUGCAGAUGAAGAGCAUGCACAUCGAUGCCGUCAUAAAUUUUCCUUUCCCAACCCCUCCUGAUAAGAGCACGCUCCAGAAGGCAGAAAAUACAUUGACCUAUCUCGGUGCCCUUCAGCCACCUAGCAAGCUAAUCAAAGGUUUCAAGGGAAACGAGGCACAGAUAACAGAUCUUGGUAGAGUUAUGGCUUUGUUCCCGCUAUCUCCUCGGUUUUCGAGAAUGCUUGUCAGUGGGCAGCAACACGGCUGCCUCCCAUAUGUGAUUGCGAUUAUAUCUGCUCUCUCAGUUGGAGAUCCUUUCGUAUAUGAAGACACUGUCGGUCAAGAUGACGACGCAGAAAUUCCCGCUGAAGAUGCCGCAGCUUUGUCCGGCAUAGAAAAGGAGGCUGUUAGAGAAAAAGAAAGACGUCAAGUUCUCCGAAAGGCGUUCUUUCAAUCGCAAUAUAUACAUUCAUCUCUAGGUGAUCAUUCAAGUGAUCUGUUCAAAAUGCUCUCUGUAGUGGGGGCGUACGAAUAUGCUGGAGGUGGACAAAGGUUUUGUGCUGAACAUUUCGUGCGUCCUAAAGCUAUGGAAGAAAUCCAUAAACUGAGAGCUCAAAUUAGCUCUAUAGUCCACACAAAUUUUCCAAGCACUGAUCCCGGGUUUACUCCGCAUCUUCCACCGCCAAGUAGCCAGCAGAUCAAGGUUUUGAGGCAACUUUUAACAGCAGGUUUCAUCGAUCAAGUAGCCGUAAGGAAGGACGUUGUCGACAAGGUUGAAACAUCAGGCACGCAAUAUUCUAACUCCAGAAAUAUCCCAUAUCGCGCUCUUGGGAUCCAAGAAGACGUCUACAUCCACCCAUCAUCUUUGCUCAUCAAUGUGGUACCUCCUGAAUAUAUUGUUUAUCAUGAAGUUGUCCGCACUUCCAGGGUGUUCCUCAAAGGGUUAACAAAAAUCAACCCUGUUUGGUUAUCCACUCUGGCUAAAGAUACCCUCUGCACCUUUUCAAAGCCAGUCAGGAAUAACGCUAAUGUCCUCAUGACAAUACCUCGGUUUGGUCCAGAUGGGUGGGAGUUGCCUGCUAUUAAAGCGCCAGCAUCGAACUAG